AUGGACAACGCCGGGAAGGAGCGCGAGGCGGUGCAGCUGAUGGCGGAGGCCGAGAAGCGAGUCAAGGCUUCCCACUCCUUCCUCCGAGGGCUGUUUGGAGGAAACACAAGAAUAGAAGAGGCUUGUGAAAUGUAUACCAGAGCUGCAAAUAUGUUCAAGAUGGCUAAAAAUUGGAGUGUAUCUUCUUCAGCUGCAGGAAAUGCGUUUUGUCAGGCAGCCAAGCUCCACAUGCAGCUUCAGAGCAAACACGACUCUGCCACCAGCUUUGUGGAUGCCGGAAAUGCUUACAAAAAGGCAGACCCUCAAGAGGCUAUCAACUGCUUAAAUGCAGCCAUCGACAUUUACACAGACAUGGGAAGGUUUACAAUCGCAGCCAAGCACCACAUUACUAUUGCUGAGAUCUAUGAGACUGAACUUGUAGACAUUGAGAAGGCUAUUGCACAUUAUGAACAGUCUGCUGAUUAUUACAAAGGAGAAGAAUCUAACAGCUCAGCUAACAAAUGUCUGCUGAAGGUGGCGGCGUAUGCUGCCCAGCUUGAGCAGUAUCAGAAAGCCAUUGAGAUCUACGAGCAGGUUGGAGCCAACACCAUGGAUAAUCCUUUGUUGAAGUAUAGUGCAAAGGAUUACUUCUUUAAAGCAGCCCUCUGUCACUUCAUAGUAGAUGAGUUGAAUGCCAAGCUUGCUCUUGAGAAAUAUGAGGAAAUGUUUCCAGCAUUUACCGACUCAAGAGAAUGUAAAUUAUUGAAAAAACUUCUAGAAGCUCAUGAAGAACAGAACAGUGAAGCUUACACUGAAGCAGUGAAGGAAUUUGACUCAAUAUCUCGCCUGGAUCAGUGGCUGACCACCAUGUUGCUUCGUAUCAAAAAGUCCAUCCAAGGGGAUGGAGAAGGAGACGGAGACCUAAAAUGA